GCAGCGCGCAGCGCAGUAUCGCACCGCUGAGAUACAUUGGUUGGCUUAUAGCGACGCGCCAGUAUCGGUUCAACGUCAGAACCAUACGCGUCUUAUUUCGUAGAUAUUAUUUUUGAAGCGGUGUUUGUUGUGUCGUCUCACAACAACAACAAUAACGAAAUAAAAAUACGUUUCGCACGUCACAAAAACGGCGACUCUAACGCGCCACAAAUAUUUAUUAGUAUAUGAUUUAAACGCGUGUUUGCCGUUGAAACUAAUUAAAUUACAACAACGCAAGUGCAACAACAAACAAAGUAAAAAAAAAUUAAUUAUGAAUAAUAAAAUCAGAAGUUGAAGCUGUGAAGUGUGAUAAAAAAGAAGCUUCAGACAAUACAACAGUGUGUUCUGCCAACGAAAAGUUACAACAACAAACACUUUAAGAUUUUAACCUAAAAAACUACUAUAACAACUCACUAGCUAGUUACUAAAAAUGGAAAUUAUUACUUUUUAGCUUAGAAAAUACUAAAUAAAAUUUUUUACAAGCUACAACUAAAUACUACAACAAUUACAUUUACAACUACAACAACUACUAUCAAUGCUAAUGCUUACGCCUAUGAACUUAAAAUUUCACAACAAGAAAUUAUACUACUAUUUGAUAAGCAACUAAAAGGUACCUUCUUAAUACAGCAUAAUUACUUACAACAACAACAACAACAACAAUAAACAACAGUGGAGACGCUUACAUAUUUAAUGUAAAGUAAUAAAUAUAAGUCAGAAGGAAAACAACAACAACUCAUAAAAUUUGGAAUUUGCACAAAAUAGUGAAAUUAUCGCAUAAAAUUUGAAAAAAAAAAAUUAAAUUAAAUAAUAACAAAAACAACAGUGAAAAAAAAUUUACAAAAUCUUGCCAAACUAAAUUCCUCAAAUUUGAAGUGUGCAGUGACAAAGCCUAAAAAACUAUUACAAUUCAACUAAUGACUUUUUUGCCACUUUUAAUGCAGAAAUAAAAAAUUAUAGUUCCAAAAAAAUAAAAGUUAAAAAAAAAAUCAGAACAAAGUGCAUGAAAAGCAAUUAAAGUGUCUUAACAAUUAAACUCAAUAAUAAAAAACAACACAAAAAAUUUACAAUAGCAAUAAUAAAUCAGCGCCGUCACGUAAAUUUUCAUAUUAACAAUUUUUAACAUUUUUUAAGCAAAAAAAAAAAAAAAAACAACAACAAAUACAACACGCUACUUACUACACAUACAACGAAGUCAACUAAAAGCUUGCCAGUUUUUUACUAUUAAUAUUACUAUUAUUAUAUAAUAUAUAUAUGAAAUCCAAAUAAAACUUGAAACUGAAUUGCUGAAAUGCUGAAAUGCUUGCCAAAUUAGCAUUAGAAGUGUAUAAAGAAAAAUAUUUCUAACUACAUCUGUAUAUAAAUAAUUAAAUGAACAACGCAUACAUUUUGUGAUAUUUUCAAGAAUCCAUACGCUACAACAAAAAAUAAUUGCAGUUCCAAAUCGAAAAAACAGUGUGUUGAAGAAAAAGUGCUGAAACGCUUUGGUGAAAAUUAAAUUGAAAUUGUCUUUAUAAAAUGAUGGAAAAUUGAGAUAACUGGCUGAAAGUUAAGAAAAAAUAUAGAACAGCUGAAUGUUUGUUGAAAUAAAUAAAUUGUGAAAAAUUUGGCAAUAAACAAAAAAAAGUUAAUCAAAGUAAAUAAAAAAUUCUCAAGCAACAAAAUCAACACACGCUUAAUAAUCUUGGAUUAACGCAGAAAGUGAGAUUAAAAGCAUCAAAAUUAAGCCAACGCAGCGCGUGCUGAAAAUGCUGUAAGCAGCACAAAUUUAAGCAAACUGCAAAUAAUUGUGAUCUCGCCGCGUGCAACAAAUGCCACAGACUUGCCGUAUUACCAACAACAACAUUUGAGCAGCAGUACAUACACUGCCGUAGCGGUGUAGACACCAGGUUUACGUGCGAGACACAGUGCGCGCAUUUUAAUUAACAUAAAUUCCCCGAAAACGCGGCGACCUGAUGACUAUGGCAGAAGGCACCGACCCCAUGGGGCAUCAGGCGGGCACCCAUCACAGCCAUCACACCCAUCAUCAGCACAACCAGCACAACCAGCACAGCCACCAGCACGGGCAUCCGCAUCCGCACCAGCGCCAAUCACAGUCACAUCCUCAUUAUGCACCUUACGCUGCCGCCGCUGCCGCUGCUGCGGCACACAUGCAACAGUAUCCGUUACCACAGCAUUUGCCUUUGGCGCUCAGUUUACAACAGCAGGCUGCUGCCGCAGCGGCUGCCGCGGCGGUGGCCGCUGAGCAUGUGAAUAACAAUCAGCCAUUCGUGGCCAACAACAAUGUGCCGUGGAAGCAGCGCAAGCGGAAACGUUUGUCGGCCGUGUUGGAUAAAUUGCAUAAUCACAACAAUAACAAUAACAAUAGUAAUAACAACAACAACAGCAAUAGCAGCAUGCAUGCUGAUGGCGGCGGCCAUAGCAAUAACAAUAACAGCAACAACAACAAUAAUGUGAGCGAUCACAAGCAGAGUCACGGCGACCCAUUGGACGGCGAUGAGGAUGUCGAGAAUGAGGCUAAUUAUAAGAACAACAACAAUAGCAACAACAAUGUGAGUACGAAACGUCAAAACUGCGGCAACUUGGAAAGUGGGAAAGCGUUAAUGCGUAAUAAGCGCUCUUUUAGCGAAGUUAGCGGCGAUGAGGCUGACGUCGAGGCGGAGAUGGAAGCCGAUGUCGAUGCGGUGUCUGAAGAUUUAUCAGUUGAAAAUGAUAGUCCUCACAUCAGCAUGAGCCCACUGCAAUUGGUCUCGACUCACGAUAGUCCAUCCAGUGCGUCACAUCCCUCGGCUGCCGCCGCAACAUCGACACCCAGCGCCAAUCCGCUGCAUGUCGACAUCAAGACUGAGCACAUGCAUAAUCCCUAUGACCGCUACUUUCCCAUACCAUCGCCGCUCUUCGGCUACUACCUACAUACCAAGUAUUUGAAUGAAGUCUUUCGCCGUCGGCAGGAUCUCUACACAUCACCAAUGCAGCAUACACCUUCGUCGAUCGCCUCGUCCAUUGCGGAUGAGACUUCGCCAACAAGUUUGCCGAACUCCGUUGCUCAUCUCGAUCAUCCGGCACCGUUUCCACCGACCUCCACAGCUACAGCACGUGUUGCAGUCGGUGGUCCGGGACGUUCACCACCGCCAGCCGUCACCGUCGCAAUACCCUCGCCGCCACGUAGCGAUUCGUCGAUCACUGCUGCUGCCACAGCUAACACGCGUUGCAGCCCUUCUCCGGCUACACAGGCCAACACCUCAGAUCCGGCCAUUAUGCCACCCCCACAAGAGCGUCCUUUGGAUUUGUCGGUACGCAGUGGUGGCAGCACACCCACCUAUGAGUUGAUGGGUGGCAAAAAGUACAAAUCACCAUCGCCACUACCGGCGACCACACUCAUGCUGCCACCAGCACAGCAACCCGUUUCGGCUACUGUCAGCGCCGCUUCGAUGUCGCCAAGCCAAAGCACACAGAAAUCGACCACAGCCAACAGUGGCAACAACAGCGCCAAUCAUGCACCUCUAGCCAGUUCCCCUUCACCCGUUUCGCCCUACGCUGCAGCCGCAGCUGCUGCACAUGCCGCCGCCGCCGCUGCCGCUGCUAUGAUCAAACUCGAAAUGCCAAUGCAUCCAUUGCAUCCACAUGCGCCCACAACCACAGUGGGCGUACCCGUGAUCAAGGGUGACGUAGCAUCACCUACCACAAAGGAAUCCGUUGCAUGGCGUUACAAUCUCGACGUCUCUCCGGUUGUUGAGGAGAUGCCACCCGGUUCGGAUGUGGCUUACGUCUGUCCCGUUUGCGGGCAGAUGUUCUCGCUGCACGAUCGUCUUGCCAAACAUAUGGCGUCGCGUCACAAAUCGCGUAAUCCUGCCAAUGACAUCACCAAAGCCUACUCAUGCGAGGUGUGUGCGCGCUCCUUCGCACGCUCCGACAUGCUGACACGUCACAUGCGUCUACAUACCGGUGUCAAACCGUACACAUGCAAAGUGUGCGGUCAAGUCUUCUCACGUUCCGAUCAUCUGUCCACGCAUCAGCGCACACACACCGGCGAGAAGCCGUACAAGUGUCCACAGUGUCCAUACGCCGCGUGCCGUCGGGACAUGAUCACUCGUCACAUGCGCACACACACGCGUUACGAGACUCAGCAGCGUGGUGGCGCAGCUGGCGGUGGUGGUGGUGAGCUCGGUGGCCCCUCCAAGUCACCGCUGCCACUACUCGCCGACAUGAAGAUGAACUUGCCAAUGCUGUUGAAGAGCGAAGAGUUGGCGGGUAAAUCACCAAUGCACAGCGGUAUUGGCGGUUCCAUGCCGAUCGUGGUAAAGACGGAGAGCGCUUAGUGGCAAGUACGACGCGCAUAUAGAGGCUGCAAAGCGUAGAAGCGCGCAGUUGGCUCUCCCAUGGAGGGCUGCUGCUUGGCGGAGACUAACAAAAAAAGACACAUGUAUGCAUCAAGCAGACAUAAACGUAAGAUAUGAAAUGACAAACUAUAUAGACUAAGCGCAUAGAGAGUAGCUAAUUAACAUUAACGUGUGAGUAAGAAGCCGUAAACUACAAAAAGAGAUAAAAUUUAUAUUUUAUUUUUUUCGGAAAUCUCUUUGUGAAGACUGAGACUAAUUUAAGCGUAACAAAAUGAAUUUAAAGCUAAUUUUCAUUUUUAAGAAAAGAUAUUUAGAAUUGUAUGUAAGAGUUGCUUCUUACGGGUGCUGGCCGACAAAAUUUGUCUAACUUGUGUAAGAAAUGUUGAUAAUUGUUUGAUGAGCUUGCUUAAGUGAAUACUGAGAUUUGUUUUAGCAAACACUGACUAUUUUUCACACAUACGUGAAAAAGCUUUCACUAUUGCUUAGCGAGCUUUUUGCUGAAAGUUUUCUAGAUCGCUGUUUAAUUGCUUGCUAUAUUACUGACAAAAAAUACUGCGGUGUAAGCUUCGCUGGAAAUACGAUUUACGUUUAUAACUUUCGCUUCGAUGCAUUAGAAUUAAAAAUUUAAAUCAAUGAAAGCUUCUUGCUUUUCACUGAUUUCUCGCAAGAAUUUUUUAUUUUUUUAUAGUUUUUUAUUAUAAAAGCUCUUUACUGGCGCUUUCACUUAUAGAGCUUUCACAGAGUUUUUUCGAUGAAAGCUCCGAGCUUUCACUUUCUCGUUUUUUGUACUCGCUCAAGCAAUUAUCAGCUUUCUGCGGCCAAAUUUUAUAUUUCAAUUCAAUAAAUAUGUUUACAAAAUGUAACCUUUAAGACAAAUGGUUGUGAACAGCAAUUCAGCAUUGUUAGUUAUUUUCUGAGCACAAGCAUUUCUUUCAAUGAUAACUCAUUUUAUCUCUCUCUCUCUCACUCCCUCUCAUUAAUACAUUCAUCGCAAAACAAACAAGCUAGACAAUUAAGAGAUUAUUGAUAUAUAGUUACUGUUAUAAUUUUAAGUUAAAUAAUCACUUAGUUUAUAGUUAAAAGCGGAUAAUUGGAUUUCAUUAGUUUUAUAAUUUGAUUUAAUGAAUUCGUAGUUUGUAUGUGAGAAAAACGAAAAAUUGAAAAGCAAAUCACACAAAUUAAUUUUUAAGCAUAAUUUCAUUUUGAAAAUUCCCAACUGCAUUGUAGUAAUUUAUUCUAAUUUUUAAGCUGCUUACGUUUAAGUUACAACAUAUAUUUAAUUAUUAUUUAUUGCUAGUGUUAAAUGAGUGUACACAAACACACACACAAACAAAUUUGUAUUAUUAUCAAGCGCGAUGGCAGAUGAAGCGUCAAAAGACAAUCGAGCAACUAGGAUUACGGCGUGUGAAAGACCAAUGACGGCGUGAAAAUGGAAAUCGGCGUACAACAAAAAUUCCUAAAUUUAAUUAAAUUAAUUAAUCUUUUCACGUUUUGUUUAAUUUAUUGCUAAAAAAAAAAUAAUUUAAAAUUUUCGUUCGGUUCAUUUAAUGAAAUAAAAAAAAACUUUUUCUUUGAUUUUCUAACUACUUUUUGAAGGCCUAAUAGCCUUGCAGUUGUUGUUGUUGUUUGUUUAUUUUGUUACACAAACCAAAUGUUGCAGGCCAGUGUUGUUAAGCGGCAAAAAAGACACAAACACACACACACCCAGUUUCGAACUUUUCAUUGUUUAUGCUUAUUGAAUUCUUUUCCAAAAAUAAAAAAAUUAAAUUAAAUUUAAAACUUUAUAUUUAAACACUAUUUAAUUAUUAUUUAUUUUGUUGCACCAAAAAAUGUUUAUCUUAAUUUUAGUUAUUUUUUACUGUUUCUAUUAUCUUAACUAUAACACAAAUGUUUUCUAUGAAAUCUGUUAAAUCUGUAUUGCACUGUACUUUAGUCGCGUACAGUUAGGCGUUUUGUUUAAGUUUUUCCACACCACAUACAUUUAUAUUAUUAUAUAAGCUGUAGCACAUACACACACAUACAUUUUAUAUUUAGUAAUAUAUCAUUGCUUACCUACCUGUUAGUUUAUGUUAAUUUCAUUGAAUUAAUUCUAGUUUGUUUAAGCUGUUAUUUAUUAAAAAAAUUGAAUUUAAAUUUUAGCGUUAAGUUUUGCUUUUAAUAAUUUAUAUUUGUAUGUAGCGUAAAACAACUUGGUUAUGAUUAUUUUGUAAUAUGCUUUUGUUUUUUAAAUAAAUAAAAUGAGAAAUCAAUUCUUGCAU